ACUAUGUCAGACACCCUCCCGUCCCGUUACGACAAGCAUGCACCGCGUUUCGAUCCGGAACAGCCGCGGACUUUACUCCGCUAUUUCGAGGACAUCACAGACCUCUUCGCGGCCCAUCCGAACGCGGUGGCUAGCGAGGCAGCAAAAAAGGCAGUGGUGGUAAAAUACGUCCCCAUGUACGAGGAGGAGCUCUGGAAAGGCGUCCCCGAAUUUGCAGACGACUCCAAGAGCUUCGAGGAAUUUAAGGCGGCGAUUUUGGCACUAUACCCAGCCGUCAAAGAGGACCAACGGUACAGCGUUGGAGAUAUGGACCGGAUAGUAGGCGAAAGGCAAAGAGUGGGGAUUCAUAAUUUGGCGGACCUGGCAGCAUUUUAUCGCGACUUUUUGCUCGUCACUCGGUACCUUCGGAAGAACGACAUUAUCUCGGUUCGCGAGCAGGGACGAGCGUUCCAGCGGGGAUUUCAACCGGACCUAUGGGCGAAGAUAUUCGGGCGUCUCCAGAUCAAGGACGUAGACCACCAGCCAGAUACUCCGUACAGCGUGGAUGAAGUCUACAAGGCAGCGGAGUUUAUUCUCCAUGGCACGUCCGCGAUCGGGACUUCAGAGAGGCGUCCGGAGUCAUCCAGCAGCACCCUCAGCGCACCGGCCGUAAAGACCGAGGACCUAGCUUCACUGGUGGAGGUCAUUACAAAGUCCAUCAGCCAGGCUCUGGUUGCUGCGGUUCAGCAGAACGCUGGUUUGGCUCCAGCAACGUCUACCCGACCUGCCGCGACCAAUUAUAAUUGUCUUUAUUGCGGAGAAGGAGACCAUUCGAUCCGAAGGUGUCCCAAGGUCGAGGAAGACAUUAGAGCCGGUCGGUGUAAACGAAAUGCCGAAGGGCAAGUCGUCCUACCUAGCGGGGCGAUGGUCUCGAGAGCGCUACCAGGAGCAACGAUGAGGGACCGAAUUUUAGAAUGGCACCGUCAAAAUCCA